AUGACACACAAGAAAGAUGAAACACACUGGGACCACUGCUUCCUAAAUGGAAGGAAGUGCUGGCAUGCAACCACGGUAACACUUUCGGGUCAGGACCAGGAGUUGGGUGCACCUGGACGCAGUUCCUCAGCACCAGGCCAAACCUCAACAAUCCCCAAAAUCCUCCCCCACUGCCUCUUAACUUUAAUGAGGAAGAUGACCCCAUGGUUGACAGCUCCCCCAUACAUGCAACCUUUGGCAGUACCCCUGCCAGAGAAGUGGCCAAAUGCCUCAGAUCCCCCGACUCAUCCAAUAUGCAGGGUUGGAUCGUCGAUCAUCAUAAAACCCUCCGAGGGACAACAAGUCCCGCUGGAACAACCAAGAGAUGGUGUCUUCGAUUCGCUCCUGCAAGACCUCGAUCAGAUCCUCGCCGAUUACAACCUCCAGAAAUCGUCCAUAUUCGAAGCGUACAAUGCAGUCAACGCACGGUUGGAGUCAGAGUCAGACCUUACGACCACCCAACGUGCAGACACCUCGAAGAGGUACGGAGACCGACUCGAGGUCGCAGCUCGCUCCCGAACAGAAGCUGGAGUUAGAGGAUCGCGAGGCCGUAUGGAUCUUCUCUACAAGAUGCAAAAAACCCCGAGCGAAUAG